UCUGGCAUAUAUUGUUAAACGGUGAUAUUAUCUAAAAGGGUUUGAAAGCCAAUUUUCAUUUCAUCUCGAGUUAAACUGUAAAUUAUAUAAAAAUUCCCAGUUUACAAUAAAUCUGCUGUAAAGUUAGGCAUUUUAAGAUGGGGGUCUGUGGAGACUCACUUUUGGAGCCAGCCUCAAGUGGCCAGUCAAAGAACUGCAUUUUUGCACUUCUGCGUUGGCUUCAUUUAUUAGUCCCCGAGGUUGCUGCUUGGUUUGAAAGUAGGAUAAAUAUCAGAAAGUAAAAUUUAUUUCAGGUGGUUUUUUGUUGAACAUACACGUUACACUGCUGACUGUAAACUUAUCAAGAGGUAUCUAUUAGGUGGGUUUAUCCAAGGUAAAGUCCCAUCAUAUAAUUAUCUUAUUUUCUGUUUUUUUGUCUCAACAUGUCAACAACCUAUAAAUGUUGUGCCUCUGGUUCUUGCAGUUUCAAGAUAAAAUCCGCACUGAAGAAACAGUAAUAAGACAGAGGAAUUGUAGACUGAUUGCCCAGCCACUUCUCGAAACCCGAACAGCACCACUAGCACUUGCUGGUCUAUUUUAAACCUUUACACCAGUGAGCAUGCUAUUGCCCUCACUCACAGGCAGCAACUAGCACAUAACACAAGACAGACUUGCCAGCAAACAAAAACACAGUCUGUGAAGAGUAGCAUAGGAUAUCAAAGCUGACAUCAUCUCAGUUCAAUACCAUCUGAACCCUGGCGUUGGAUAGCCUCAGGACACCUCCGGUCACAUAUUGUAUGCUGACAACAGUGGCACAGACAUCCAGAGUCCAUGGAUGAUCCAGAGCUGGACUCUGCUCAGGCAGAGCAUGCCUCACUCCUGCUCAGGCAGCUGGAGAGAAUGCGAGCAGCCGAGGAGCUCACUGAUGUGGUGCUGCUUGCAGAGGGAAUUCCCUUUGCUUGCCACAAGGUGGUGCUGUCUGCCUUCAGCCCAUACUUCCAGGCUAUGUUUACGUGUGGUCUGAAGGAGACACGGGGAGGAGAGGUACCUCUUAGAGACACACCUGCCAAAAGCCUGGAGCUGCUACUGGACUACAUGUACCGAGCUGAACUGCCCCUUUCCAACGACAACAUCCAGGGUGUGGCUGCUGCAGCCUUCCUGCUCCAUGUAGACGGAGCCUUCAGGUUGUGUCAGAGCCACAUGGAGGCCCGGAUGGACCCCUCCAACUGUGUCGGUCUGUACCACUGGGCCAGAGACCUAGGGGCCACUGGUCUGGCCGACUGUGCCUUGAGAUACCUUUGCCAACACUUUGCACAGGUUUGUGAGGAAGAAGAAGUGCUGGAGCUGGAUGCCCAAAGUCUUGGGGAUCUGCUGGGUUCAGAUGACCUCAACAUAUCACAGGAGGAGGUUGUGCUGGAGCUGGUGCUGCGUUGGGUGGAGAGGCGAAGGGGGGACUCGCAGAGUGAAACCCAGGCUGUGGAUUUACUCAGGCGUGUCCGGCUAGAACUUGUGGACCCUGGAUUCCUCCGUAAAGCCAGGAGGAGAAACCCGGUGUUGCUGAGGGAUGCUGAGUGCUUUGGGAUGAUUGACGCUGCUCUACAGACCUCAGGUCUCUGUGAGACGUCAGCUCCACCUCGGCCGGCACUCCGUUACGGCAUGGAGACCACUGACCUGCUGCUCUGCUUGGGUGGGGUGGAUGAAGAGGGGGUGCCUGCCCGCCGUGGAGGACAUGCUGACCUCAGUUUUUGCUUUGCCCCCAGUGUUAGAAGGACUUACUACAUCCCUUCUCCACUGAGGGGCUGUGGAGGUAGGGGGCAGAUCACAGCUGGGGCAGUGACUCGAGACAACAACAUAGUGGUGGCCAUAGAGACAGAAGACCAACACAGGAAGAAGAAGCUGGAUGUCUACAGAUACGAUAAUUCGGAGGAAAACAGCUGGGUGGAGCUGUGCUCGACAGCACACAGGGACAUCGUGGAGAGAUGGUCGCUGAAGAGAGGAGGCAGCUGGCUGAGCUUCGCCUCUCUGCCUCUACCCUUAGCCUGCCACUGCACCGUCAGCCUGAAGGAGCAUCUCUAUGUGCUGGGGGGCUGGACACCACAGCAUCAGCCAGAUGAUGAGCCUGACAAGCUGAGUAACCGUGUGUUUCAGUAUGACCCCGGCAAGGACAGGUGGACUGAGUGUGCCAGGAUGAAGUACUCCAGGUACCGCUGCGGCACGGCUGUGCUCAAUGGAGAAAUCUACAUAUUAGGUGGUAUAGGAUGUGAUGGAGAGGACCGUGGGCAAUCACGACGUUGUCUGAGCUCUGUGGAGAUCUAUAACCCGGAUACAGACACCUGGAGGGCAGGGCCGACUCUGCCCACUUCUCUACUUGCCCUCCGAACCAAUGCCUCCAAUGUAGGAGCGCUGGAGGGCAAACUCUACCUCUGUGGAUACUACAAGGGGGCCGGCCGUCAUGAGAUCAUCACCAAGGAGAUUUUGGAGCUGGACCCUGCAGACAAUGUGUGGACGGUGGUGGAAAGACGAGCAGCCGUGCAUGACAGUUAUGACGUCUGUCUGGUGGCUAACCUCAAUCCUCGAGACCUCUUCACACCCUAAUUCAUCUCCUCCUGACUCUGAGCAACAACGCAUGGAGACAGGGUGUGUGGGAAAUGAGCUGUCCUCUUAAUCCCGUACAGCUUUAUCAAAAGUGGGCUUGAUAUCUGGUAUCACAUGUAUCAACAGCAAGGUCAAUAUACAUGUGAAGUCAGGGUGUUGGUUGAGGAUUUCCCAAAAAAGACAAUGGUGUUCUUUUAAAGAGUAAGUUUGGUAUUUUAGACCCUAUUUUCCUAUGUUCUGUGUCAAAGUGAUUAGUAUUGAGUGACUGCUGCAGCCGGAGGCAGCGAAACAGGCUGCAGUGUAGCCCACUCCGUGCAUGUUCGCACUAUCAAUUGACAUAAUCUAAAAGUGCUUCUUUUUGCCCUGACAGGCUCAGAUUGUUCUUAUAAGUUUCUGACAAUUUUUGAAAAGGAUCACCACAGAGACAGACCUUUUUCUCUAAGAGUAAAAGUCUUUUUGUUUAACCAGAAACAGCCCUGAAAGUGCAGUCGCCAAAUCCACCAGACUCCAUUUAAAAAAAACAUAAUUUUAUUAUUGUUAAACACACUUAAGUGAAAGUCGACGAAAACUAAAUGAAACUCACAAAAGCCAUCUUGGUUCGUCUUUCUGCUUUUCCAACAAUCACCAACUCUGGUUCGGUUGAUAUACA